AUGACUGAAAUUAAAGGGCAAGCGAUUGAGGCCAUGCAAGAAUCUGGACUAAGACCUAUGGAAUCCUUUAAUUACAUGUCAAAUGAAGCUGGAGGAGAAGAUUCUAUUGGUCAUACAGUGAAAGACCACAUGAAUUAUUGUUAUAAACUGAAAAUAAAGGUCAUUGAAGGAGGAGAUUCUCAAGUAGUUUGUGACAAAUUACAGGAAGCUUAUUCUGAAGACCCUAACUUCUUUUUCAGAGAAGGAAUAAACAACCACUGGAAGAACACUAUGUUUGCUUGCUCUUUUAUUGGUGAUGAGACCAUAGAGUCAUUUGUGUGGCUAUUUGAGACCUUCAAAAAGGCAAUGGGUGGUAAAUGUCCUGUCUCACUGUUUACAGACCAAGAUGUAGCCAUGGCAGCAGCAAUACCCAAGUUAUUUCCAAACACUAGACAUAGACUAUGUCUAUGGCAUUUGAUUCAAAAUGCUGUAACAAGAUUUGGAGUUUUGAAGAGUGAUGACACAUUCAAAGCUGCUUUCACGAAAUGCUUGAGUGGUUGUAUUAACGAAGCUCAGUUUGAAAAAAGUGAGAGCACAAAUCACGCAGUGGGAUUCAAAGCAAACAAGAAGACAAGUUUGACAGAAUUCUACAGCAUAUUUCAAAAGACAGUGAAGACUUGGAGAAGGAAUGAGGAUUUUUAUGAGUUCAAUAGCAAAAAAUCAAUUCCUACUUCAAGUUAUCCGAUGUCUACCUUACUUAAACAUGCUGCUGAGGUUUAUACACAUACAUUAUUUAGGGACUUUGAAGAAGAAUUCAACCUAGCCAUUGAAUCUCAAACUAAACUGCUAUUGAUUAAUGGAGGCAAAAUGGUUUACCAAGUGUACCUUAAAGGCAGAGAUGGCACAACUCAAGCAGUAACUUAUGAUCCAGCAAACCAAACAAUUCAAUGUCCAUGCAAGAAUUUUGAAGAGUCGGGUUGGUUAUGCUUCCAUACCUUUAGAAUCUUGCACAUGCAUUCUGUUGAAAAAAUCCCAGAGUAA